AUGUCCACGCCACGCCCGCCCAUCCGCGCUUUGCUCAUCGACAUCUCUGGCACGCUUCACGUUGGUUCACAGCCCGUCCCAGGAGCAGUCCAUGCACUUUCGCUGCUCCGCUACAAUCGACUACCCGACGGCUCUCGUAUAUCUUCGAGCAAGCCCGUCCCGUUCAGGUUCUGCAGCAACACCAGCAAGGAGAGCCGCAAUGAGCUUGAGGCACGGCUGCGUGGCAUGAGCUUUGAAUUGCGCUCGGACACAAGAAAUAGUGCAGCAGGGGACGGGCGAGAGAUGUGGACGAGCCUCGGCGCCGUGAGCGGCCUGCUGCAGAAGCGAGGGUUGAGAAACCCAUUUUGCUUGCUCGAGCCGUCGCCGAAGGACGAGAUCUUCCGCGACCUUGGCCCAUCCUCAGAGGGUACGUGGGCUUCAGAUUCAGAGUACGACUCGGUCGUCGUUGGUCUCGCGCCAUCUCUCCUCACCUACGAGCACCUGAACACCGCCUUCCGCAUCCUGCUCUCCUCUAAACCGAAGCCCCUCAUUGCGACUCACAGCGCGAAGUACAUUCGUGUCGCAGAACCCGACCCGUCCAAGUCGGAGGCCUCUCACGAAACAUUGUCCCUUGGGCCUGGGCCGUUCGUCGCCGCCCUCGAGACUGCGACAGGCGCACGGGCUGAAGUCGUCGGCAAGCCCAGCCGCGCGUUCUUUGAAAUGGUCAUUGCCAGCUUCGGGGAGGAUGAGGUAUGUUCUGACGGAAAGAUUACGAUUAUAGGAGACGAUAUCGAGACGGAUCUUGGCGGAGGUGCGGUCGAGCUGGGGCUCUGGCGAGUGUUAGUGCGCACAGGCAAGUAUCGUGCUGGAGAUGAGAAUCGGUCUGGCGUUGUCCCGCCCGACGAAGUGCACGAUAGCUUCGCUGCGUUCGUUGAAAGCUUGCUCGGAGGGUCAUAG